GUCUCCGCCUGUCAGCCCCCUGUGUCUGCGCGGGCUACUCCCGCCACGCCUGGACCCCAGCCCUCCCCGCACUGUCCGCCACCCCCUCCCGCCCGUUGCCCCGGGUCUUUCUGUCAGCAGCCAGCACCCCCUGGCUGGGAGGCUCCGCCCCUUCCCCCCGAAGCCCCGCCCUCCGCCUCAUCUGUCAUCACCCCCCCCCCCCCACUAGCUACAGGCUCCAGCGCCCUGGAGGCGUGAGGGUGCCGCGGCUCCCGGGGGUCCUAGUAUCCCCUACCGGACGCUCAGUUGCAACGAGAGGGUUGUGGCGGGGCAGUGAGUGUCCGUCGAUGCCCGCCAGACCAUGUGAGGGACUGGAUUGCAGCUGCAGAAGCAACAGCAAGUGAACCUUUAAAGAUGCACAUGGGGCUGCAUAAAGAGAAGAGAGAAACUGAAGAGACCAAGGAAGUGAGGACAAAGUAUAUUUCCUGGGUUUGACAGGAAAAACUUGCUUUCUGCAAACAACCGAAAACACCGCCCUUGGAAGUUGUUUCUUUGGCCCUCAUGGAGCAGCUGGAACCUGUGCUGUGAGGCCUCCAACGGGACGAGCUGUCGCCCACUGACCACUUAGCGCCGUUGUCACCAUGGCCAGCAAGAGGAAGUCCACAACCCCGUGCAUGAUCCCUGUGAAGACUGUGGUGCUGCAGGACGCCAGCACCGAGGCUCCACCCGCAGAGGCUGUGCCCGAGGGGCCCCCGCCAGAGCCGGCCCCGGAAGCACCAGCCACUGGCAGCGAGGCCGCCCAGGGUGCCAACAGUCCUGAUGGCGCCACGCUGGCCAAUGGGCACCGGAGCACCUUGGAUGGCUACUCGUUUGCCUGUAAAUACUGUGACUUCAGAUCCCAGGACAUAACCCAGUUUGUGGGACAUCUGAACUCAGAGCACACAGACUUUAACAAAGACCCAACUUUUGUAUGCACCGAAUGCAGUUUUCUGGCAAAAACCCCCGAAGGGCUUUCUCUGCACAAUGCCAAGUGCCACUCGGGGGAAGCCAGCUUUGUGUGGAAUGUGGCCAAGCCAGACAAUCAUGCAAUCGUGGAGCAGAGCCUCCCCGAGAACAGCAGCCCUCCCGACCCCCUGGGGGAGCCCAACGUGGAAGGGACUGAUGGACAGGCUGAAAUCAUCAUCACCAAAACUCCAAUCAUGAAGAUAAUGAAAGGCAAAGCUGAAGCCAAAAAAAUUCACACGCUCAAGGAGAACGUCCCCAGUCAGCCCACAGGGGAGGCCUUAUCAAACCCUUCUGCUGGGGACACGGAGGUGAAAGAGGGGGACCAAGCCUUUGUCAACGGGGCGGCCCCCGUCAGCCAGGCCUCUACCAACUCUGCAAAACCCCCCCACGUGGCCAACGGGCCCCUGCUGGGGACGGUGCCGGUGCUGCCUGCAGGCAUCGCCCAGUUUCUCUCCCUCCAGCAGCCGGCCCCGCACACCCAGCACCAUGCCCACCAGCCCCUGCCCACGGCCAAGUCCCUGCCCAAGGUGAUGAUCCCCCUGAGCAGCAUCCCCACGUACAACGCGGCCAUGGACUCCAACAGCUUCCUGAAGAACUCUUUCCACAAGUUCCCCUACCCAACCAAAGCCGAGCUCUGCUACCUGACUGUGGUCACCAAGUACCCAGAAGAGCAGCUCAAGAUCUGGUUCACCGCCCAGAGGCUGAAGCAGGGGAUCAGCUGGUCCCCGGAGGAGAUUGAGGAUGCCCGGAAAAAGAUGUUCAACACGGUCAUCCAGUCUGUCCCUCAGCCCACGAUCACCGUCCUCAACACCCCGCUGGUCGCCAGUGCCGGCAACGUCCAACAUCUCAUCCAGGCCGCUCUGCCGGGCCACGUGGUGGGCCAGCCAGAGGGCACAGCCGGGGGCCUUCUGGUCACUCAGCCACUGAUGGCCAAUGGGUUGCAGGCACCUAGCUCGUCCCUCCCGCUGGCAGUCACGUCUGUCCCCAAGCCGCCCUCUGUUGCGCCCAUCAACACUGUGUGUUCAAAUACAACAUCAGCCGUGAAGGUGGUGAACGCGGCCCAGUCCCUCCUCACAGCGUGCCCCAGCAUCACCUCCCAGGCCUUCCUCGAUGCCAGCAUCUACAAAAACAAGAAAUCGCAUGAACAGCUGUCAGCUCUGAAAGGGAGCUUCUGCCGGAACCAGUUCCCAGGACAGAGCGAAGUUGAGCACCUGACCAAAGUGACCGGCCUCAGCACCAGAGAGGUGCGGAAGUGGUUCAGUGACCGCAGGUACCACUGCCGGAACCUGAAAGGCUCCAGGGCCGGGCUGCCUGGAGAGCACGGCUCCCUCCUCGUCGACUCCGGGCCGGAGGUGCCCUUCUCCCCAUCGUCCAAGGCCCCAGAGGUGACCUGCAUCCCGACAGCGGCCACCCUGGCCACCCCCCCUUCUGCCAAGAGACAGUCCUGGCACCAGACCCCCGAUUUCACACCAACCAAAUACAAGGAGCGAGCCCCUGAGCAGAUCAGAGCCCUGGAGAGCAGUUUUGCACAAAACCCCCUUCCUCUCGAUGAGGAACUAGACCGCCUCAGGACCGAGACCAAAAUGACCCGCAGAGAGAUUGAUGGCUGGUUUUCAGAGAGACGGAAAAAGGUGAGCGCCGAAGAGGCCAAGAAGGCUGAGGAGGGCGCCUCCCAGGGGGAGGAGGAGGCCGCCGAGGAGCAGGGGGAGGAGGGCUCGGCCGGUGACCUGAAGGUCCCGGGUGAAAGUGGCUCCCCAGAAGUGCUCGGCAGCCACUCGCUGGCAGAACGCAAAGUCAGCCCCAUCAAAAUCAAUCUCAAGAACCUGCGGGUCACAGAGGCCAAUGGCAAGAGCGAGCUUCUGGGGCUGGGUGCCUGCGAGCCCGAGGACGACGUGCCCAGCAAGCUGGCUGAGCAGCCCUCGGGCAAGGUGAGCUGCAAGAAGACAGCCCAGCAGCGGCACCUGCUGCGGCAGCUCUUCGUGCAGACGCAGUGGCCCAGCAACCAGGACUAUGACUCCAUCAUGGCCCAGACGGGCCUGCCGCGGCCCGAGGUGGUGCGCUGGUUCGGGGAUAGCAGGUACGCCCUGAAGAAUGGCCAGCUCAAGUGGUACGAAGACUAUAAGCGGGGCAACUUCCCCCCCGGGCUGCUGGUCAUCGCCCCAAGCAACCGGGAGCUGCUGCAAGACUAUUAUGUGACCCACAAGAUGCUGUACGAGGAGGACCUGCAGGGCCUCUGCGACAAGACCCAGAUGAGCGCCCAGCAGGUCAAGCAGUGGUUUGCUGAGAAGAUGGGCGAGGAGACCCGGGCCGUGGCCGACACGGCCAGUGAGAGCCAGGGUCCCGGCGCUGGCAACCCUGCGAUGGUCCACAGAGGGAUGGGUGACACCUAUUUGGAGGUGUCCGAAAACAGUGAGUCGUGGGAGCCCGGUGCCCCUGAGGCCAGCUCUGAACCCUUUGACACACCAAGUCCCCAAGCUGGACCUCAGCUGGAAACAGACUGAAGGGGAGCCGGUGGCCGUGAAGGACUGGCCAGUCUUGGAGGCUGCCUGCCGCGUGGAAGGGCCAGGCCCGACUCUCUGCUGCCACAGGCCAUUGCCUCACCCAGCCACCAGCCUGCGUGGGGCUCCCUGAGGCCUCCACGCAGCCCGAGCCCGUGUCACCUGGGCUGCCACCGCCCAGCCAGCGGGGAGAAGCAUCGUCAGUUCUUCCGCCCACAAUGUAGGACCUUUCCUUUGCCUUCCAGUGGAUAAAUAGUUCAGAUUUCAUAUUCAUAGACACAGAAUCAAGUUUUUAACAUAUAAAUCUGCCUAUACACAUUUAAUAAGACAUCAGAUUGUAAACACUCUCAUCACAUAGAAACUUCGGUUAGCAAAGCAGUGGAUGGUCUUGGCCAUCAUCUCUGGAAAGGCCCCGAGUCUGUUCUCUGGAGGCCAUGGGGCCGUGUGUUCCUGCACUGUCCUCGCUGGGGUGGGGCUUACCACAUGCUCAGAACCACACCUGCAACCUUUGGGGGCCCCCUUUUGCUCCUCAAGGAAGGCAGCACCUUCGGAGAGAUCUCUGCUGCCCUAAGCGGUGACCAGCAGCGUUUGAUAGCAGCCUCGCUGUGGCCUAGGGGUAGUCAGUGCAGAACCCGCAGUUUAAAACACGGACCGGCUGUGUGAUUAGUGUUUGAUGCUCACCACUCUCUUAAGUUGUUACAGUAACUCUGCUUUUUCAUGGCAGUUUGAAUCAUGGACCAUAAUCAUCAAUCAGAUCAGCUAAAGAAACAGUUGCUAUUAAGCUGAAUGUACUGAGCUAUGCGCCACUUUUUUUUUUUUUUUCCCCUUCAAUCUAGGUGUGUUGAAAGUGAGAGGAAAAUGGACAAAACAGGGGUAGGGGCUGAGAGUGAAAGCGCCCAGCCAGAGCUGUGGCUCUGGCCACUGGGGCUUUCGCAGCCCCCAGCCACACUCACCUCAAAGCCACCUCUGGUUUGGGAAGGAAGACCCUUGCUCGCCUGGUUAGAGCGAGAGCUGGCAGGAUUUGGGGACCUGUCGGAACUCAGAGCUGGGAUGGUCUGCAGCACGAAGGCCUGCGUGCGGGGCUCCAAGCAGGACACGCGGGGGGUGUGCUGGACACCGCUGGACUGGUCCUGUGAGGUUGUUUUCAAGUUCUGUAUUUAUCUCCCCAAGCUCGGAAACAAGAUCUCUGUCUCCUCUGGCCUAACUCUCAUAUCCGUUUUUUUAACUGAGAAAAAUCACAGGAAAAGGUGCCUUUGAAACACUGGGAAACUGGCUUACGAGCUGUGCUAGAUGGUAAAUCCCUGUCACCCCAAGACCGGCUGCUCUGAGAGCAGCUGCUCAAGAGGGGCUGAUAAAGGAUGCAUCGCCUCCCAGAAACCACCUGCUUCCAAGUGCCAGGGCCUCUGGGGCGUGUUCCUCCCAGGCCCAGGCUGGUGGGCUGCACAAGAGACCCCAGAGGAGGCAAGAAAUCCCCAGGCGAGUGAGGCACGGUCCCUCUCCCCGCUCCCAGGAACUGCACCGGGCAGGGCGCCUGGCGGGCUUGGCUCUGAGCGCAGAGAUGGUGGUCGCACCUCCUGCCUCCGGGAGAGGCUUUCUUGGGAAGCCAGAAGCCCUUGAAUGGUUCCACAUUGUUCUUCCAAAGUGUCUUCUGCUCACCCUGAGGCCCAGCAAGGACCACCUCCUCUUUGUUUCCAACAGGUGACUUGUGAGUGCUUGGCAGGUUUUGCAGCCUGCUUUUGUAUCCUUUCCAUUUUCAGUGGGAGGCUAUUGAGCCCCAAGGCCUCUUCAGAGUUGCCAGGAGUGGCGGCAAGUGAUUGCCUUCCCUGAGAGAACAGACACCUGGAAUUUUUCCUGUAGUGAUUGUGUACAUGCAGACUGAUCUACAUACACGUCUACAGUGCAGACACUCGCUUGAUACUUUCCUUGUGAAAGUUGCCCCUGAGGAGCACACUCGAGGCCCUCAGUGGCACGUGGGUGUUGGGGAAAGUAGUCUGUGUUGAAGGGAAGCCUGGUCUGCCUGGCCCUGCAGGAAACCAUCUCCGCCCCUGCCGGGUCACUCCCAGAGCCCUGCGUGCCCUCGCCGAGGGGCUGUGUCUUUAGAGAGGAUGUUCCUGGUUAUUUUAUUUGUAUUCACAUUAUUUACAACUCGAACAGCAAAGCAGAAAAAAUAAAUUGCAUGGUGGACAAGUUCAUGCAGGACAUAGCGACUCAACCUUGGCCCCAGCUCAUCCUAAGAAGGCAGAAAAGUCACAGUGCUGCCCAUGGGCAGGCUUUCCUCACAGAUGCCCUGCCUGAGAGCUAGGCCAUCCCCCAGUGGCAUGACUGUCCAGGUAAGGAGCCUGCAGGCUGGACAGACCCUCCUCCUUCCCGUGCUCUCGGACCCAAGCGAAUAAGUGGGCUUUGGGCCUCAUGCUUGAAGGAAUCAGGUGAUCACAGGAGAUGGAGAAAAAUGGUUGGGUCAUCAAGCAGGUGUCUAAAGGGACGUUGCAACACAGCCAAGUGGACACAGGGACGUACCCACAGCGGCCAGAAUCGGGGGCACCGGAGCGAGGUGGGGAUGUGGGACGGCCACAGCCGGCCCUGUAGCCAGGCAGGUCGCCACAGGUCUGCAGCCCCCCGAGGGUUAAGCUGUGAUGUCGCCUUGGGCAGAGGGCAGGCUGUGGGCUGCGGAGUCGAGGAAGGGAGGGUGGUGGUCUCUCCCGAAGAAAAAGGCUUGUUUUAUAAGGUGACUAAUCUUCCCCCUUCUCUGUGUGCACUUGGACUCAUCAGAGAUGGUGAAAUAUGUCAGUGUUUCUUGUUGCCUGUGUCUUGUACAUGUUUGGCUUAUUAUUAUAUUUUUUACAUGGGUCGUAGAUCCAGUUUUAAUCGGUGAGCCAGAUCACCAUUCUGAUAAAGGAAACCUGGGUUUAUGACAAUAUACUUUGCAUACUUUGAUGACUUAUUUUCAUUCUUGACUGUUAAGGAGCUUUUUGACUUGGGAGAUGGACUCUUGUUUUCUAAAGUCUCGGGUUACUGAAGCGGAAAGCCUGGCUGGAGGACUCGUGGGCACCUUGGGGUGGGUGACCCUGUGCGACUUGAACUCCUUUCACAGCCAGGAGCCCAGCAGCUGUCCGGGUGGACCAAAGCCCCUUGAACCGAGGCCCUGCCUUGCUGUCUGGAAGCAAAAGUGGGAGGUGGGCAAGAGUGGGGAGGGCUCUUGCCAGCCCCCUCAUGUACUCAUGGCCCUGGGAGGCUGUCCCACCAGGAAGGUCCAGCGUGUUCUCCAGGCUGAAAUGUGGCUGCUGUGGGCUUUAUCCUACUCAGCCGCCCUAUGCCAGGCUGCCCGCCUCGGGGGCUGGCAUCAGCCUCUCGGUGCACAUCCUCCCCCACAGCUCCCUGCUCGUGCCACCCUGUCUUGGGCCCUUUGCCUCUUGUCUUCCCGUCGUCCUCUUGGACCAAAUUCCCUGGGUUAGAGCGGCUUUGUCCGUUCAAACAUCACAGCCCAAGUGGAUAAAGGCAUUUCGCAGGAGAGAGGAACCAGCCAAGAAGAAAAUCUUAAACAAACCAAACCUGGAGCUUGCGCUUUUCCUAAAGUUUUUUCUCUCCUUUUUCCUUGCUCAGACUCUCAUCUGGGGCAGGUUAUCAGUUUGACUCACCUUUUGUAUUACUCUUGAAGUCUCCUGUAUUCCAUUGAUGGGCAAGGCCAGAUGUGUGCCGGAGGAGAAAGCGUUUAGUCUUCUAGACAUGCAGAAGUGCCCUCGGCCAGCCCUCCCAGGCUGAAGCCAGCAGCUUGCCAGGGUCAGGAGAGCAGUAGGGCUCUGUCCUCCCCGUCCCCCUGGAGCCCCACCCCCACCUCCAGGCCUUCCCCAGGAGCACAGGCCCAGCCAGCCUUCCUGCCCAGGCUUUGGGGGGCCGUCUCCACAUGGCUGGGGGAGCACCUCCCCUCACAGAAGCUCCAACAGCUGAAAAGUGCGGAAUGUGGAUGGUGCCCUCCCUGAGUGAGGCUUGAGUCUGGGGUGCCCACCUUCCUGUUUUCUGUGGCCCAUUGAUGAGUAGCAGAGCUAUGUGACCUCUGGACAACGGGCUGGAUGCUGGUUUGGGCCGAGUGAGUGGAUGGUGGCAGCAGUGGUUUUGGUGCCGCUGGGCUUGCUGCCCAGCCCGACUCCAGGUCUAGGUGGACUUCUCGGGCAUUGGUAUGUCCCCAGUGUCACACUGGGGAUGGCGGCAGGUGGGUGGCCAGGGCUCGCUCGGGGGGAAGAACACAGCCUGCUCUUUGGUCCUUUAGUUCUGAGCUCCAUUCUGUGUCCUGCCUGUAAACCUGGCCCCUCCUUCGAGGGGACGCCCAGUCCUACAAGAGAUUGGAUACCUGAUAGCCUGGAUCCAGCAGGACCAACCAUCCUACUGCCCCGCAUUGUGGAGCGGGGCAGAGACCCGGAGCCAGGGUGCACGAGGCAGGUGCUGCUUCCCCUGCAGACAAGGAUGGCCAAGCCCCUGCUGCCUCCAUCCUCAAGUCUGUAUGUGGUUUGCUGGGUGGCGAGGCGUCACGGCGAAUGUGUAGUUACCGCUUUGCCCUUACAGGCCCCAGGCCUUCACAGCCCUCAGACCGGGGUCACCUUCCCUUGGGCUCGUGUCUGUCCUGCUGUCCACUUGUGGCAGAUGGCGAGCCAGGGACCUGAGGGGAGUCUGAGCAUCUAGCUGCCAUCACCAGGGCUUCUUCCUUCCAGAGCCUGGUUCUGCUGCACAUGUGCAGGGGCCCUCCAGUGCGUUGAUGGAAGGCGCUCCUUGGCUCCGGCUCUGACGUCUGUGCCUUUCCUUGGUAAGUGGAGGAUUCAAAGGCACCGGAUGGGACUGGAGCGGGAACGUCUAGGGCAAGGGCUGCUCAGGUGGCAGCGUGUAGAGAGCUCCGGGGACUUGGUUGUUCCGAGUCACCCCACAGUGAGGGCAGGCAUCCCCCACAUGGUGUCUCCUAGUCCUGUAAUUUGUGUUCACUUGUCCCUGGAUCCUGCCUGUCAGCUGUCAUGUCCCGCGGUUUGCUGCGCCUGUGGCCGGGAGAGCUAGUGCCACCCUCAGUGGAUGCAGCCUGGUUGGCAAGCUGCUGGGUGAUGCCAGGUGAUGCUGGGGGUGCAGGGAGAAGAGGUCGCCCCCAGGAGGUGGGUUCCCUCCCUGCUGCACCACUUUGUUGAGUGUGUCACGAGGGCUGGCUGCGCCGUGUGGCUAUUGAGAGAGCACUACCCCCCACCCCCAGCCUUGGUGCUGUCAGGAGGUUUUGUCUGCCGCGCUGGUUCCUGGUUUUCUGCCACCCAUUCACGGUCUGGUCCUCAGCACAGACCCUUUGUUUCCCAGGGAGGGUGGCUGUGGCAGGGAGGCUGGGGAGGGUGAGAACAACUUGCUCGCGGGCGCCUCCAUCCCCUGGAGACGCCAAAGCCAUGGAUCUUCUUGGUGCUAAGAGGCCACUGCCCUGUUUCUGUCUGUCCAGAGGGCUCUUCCUCCUUCCAUGGCCGGUAACUGAGUGUGAGACCAAACAGAGGCACAGGCACCCUUUGACUGUCACCAGGCCUGGGUGAACGGGGACUUUUCACCUUGGGGAGAUGUGGGUAAUGAGACGAGGGAGUUUGCCUCCGGCCCGAGGCUGUGCCGGGCAGGAGGAGUGGGCUGCCCUCUCCAGCUGCGUCUCCAGGCCUCACAAGGUCCCCUGUGGGGAUGCUGCUAUUUCUAUGAUGCAAAUUGCACAUUUCCUAGAUUUUGUAUCUAUGGAUUUGGAUAAGGGAGGGGAACAGGGACAAACUGCUUGUACAAUUUGAAAUGGGCCGAAAUGGUACUUUAAAUCUUUUGAUUGCUCCUAAAUAAAAACGUAAAUACA